CAAAUUGUUGGUCUCAUCUCUGAUCUGUUCAACCCUGCCUCUGCCGCUGCCCCAUCUCUCUUCGGCUCCUUCUCCUGACACUGUGACAUCUCGUCUGCAGGAUGCCUGAACACGUGCAAGAGAGGAAACCCAAGAUCUCAGCCUCGAGGAAGCUGAUGCUCAAGAGUCUCAUGGUUGCAAAGGCCAAGGAGGAAUUGGAACAGGAGAUCCUGGUUAAAGAGGAGGAGAAAAAUAAGUAUCUGUCAGAGAGAGCUCCUCCGCUACACAUCAGUGGCCACAGUCUUGCACAGCUGCAGGACCUUUGCAAAGAGCUCCAUACUAAGAUAGAUGUGGUUGAUGAGGAGCGAUAUGACAUCGAAGCUAAAGUCAUGCUCAACACACGUGAGAUUAAAGACCUGAACAUAAAGGUGUUGGACCUCAGGGGGAAAUUCAAGAGGCCUAGUCUUCGGCGCGUUCGUGUGUCUGCUGACGCCAUUCUUCGCUCGCUGCUGGGCUCAAAGCACAAAGUCUCCAUGGACCUCCGGGCCAACCUCAAGUCUGUCAAGAAAGAGGACACUGAGAAGAAGAGGCCAGUAGAGGACAGUGACUGGAGGAAGAAUGUGGAGGCCAUGUCAGGGAUGGAGGGAAGGAAGAAGAUGUUCGAUGCCGCUAAGGGUCCUGCCCAGUAGACCCAGAAGGUGUCAUGUGACAUCACUUCUCCAUCAUCUAAAUCAGUUUUAUUUUCCAUAUGGUCUAUUUCAGAUUCUAAAAAAUCUGUUUAACAUUAUCAUUGUGGGUAUGCUCCUGCCAUGGAGGUUUUCUCUUAUUUCGGUUAGAACUGAUCAGUUUCCUGAUAAAUGAUAUGGUGUAAAGAAAUCUUUAUCUGUGUGCCGUGAUGAUUUAUUUGUAUUUAUAAUUGAUUCACACCCAUGUUGGACUUUCAGCUAUGCAGCUUCUAUCUCUAAACAACAAACAGAGACAUUUUGUGACUCAUAAUUUGCCUUGACUUGAGCAUGUUAAACCGUAGCUUUUAUAUUCUUGCUUUCUGAUUAACUGUUAACAUGGUCUGUGAUUUUGUGAAAUGGCUGGAUUUACAUAAAAACUGUAACAACAAUAAACUAA